CUACCGGCUCAGGCCGCUUGGGGUCCGGCCUCAGCGUCGGGGGCGCCCCCUGGAGGACCUGGGGUAGGGGAAGGAAGAGGAGAAUAUUGAGUUAGAUGAUGAGAGUGCGGGAAAUGUGUGGACAAGCAGGCGUCGGCAAAGUGGGUUCAAAGAGAAGGGAGUCACAAAUCACAUUGAACCCAAAAAAAUCCAGUGUUUUCUCCAGUUACAGACAAAAUGAACAUUCCCAUGCUGCUCCAGCAUCCUCCCCAGCACUUCCUAAAAGGCCUCUUAAGAGCACCUUUCCGACGUCACCACUGCAUCUUUCACUCGAGUACUCAUCUCGGAUCAGGAAUCCCGUGUGCCGGGCCACUCAGUUCUCUUGGACGCCAUUGUACAACGUGGAUGCUGCUGUCGGAUGGCUUAAAGAGAAAACUGUGUCUACAGACAACCGUAAAGGAACAUCCAGAUGGAUUUUCUGAUAAAGAACAAAGAUUUGUGGAUAAACUCUAUACUGGUUUAAUCCAAGGGCAAAGGGCCUGCUUAGCCGAGGCCAUAACUCUUAUAGAAUCAACUCACACCAGGAAAAAAGAGUUAGCCCAGGUGCUUCUUCAGAAAGUACUAGUCCACCUCAGAGAGCAAGAAAGGUUAAAUAAAGGGAAGCCACUGGCAUUUCGAGUGGGAUUAUCUGGGCCUCCUGGUGCUGGAAAAUCAACCUUUAUAGAAUAUUUUGGAAAAAUGCUCACUGAGAGAGGGCACAAAUUAUCUGUGCUAGCUGUGGACCCUUCCUCUUGUACUAGCGGUGGAUCACUCUUGGGUGAUAAAACCCGAAUGACCGAGUUAUCGAGAGAUAUGAAUGCGUACAUCAGGCCAUCUCCUACGAGAGGGACUUUAGGAGGUGUGACAAGGACCACAAACGAAGCUAUUCUGUUGUGCGAAGGAGGGGGCUAUGACAUCAUUCUUAUUGAAACUGUAGGUGUGGGUCAGUCAGAGUUUGCCGUUGCUGAUAUGGUGGACAUGUUUGUUUUACUGCUGCCACCAGCAGGAGGCGAUGAAUUGCAGGGUAUCAAAAGAGGUAUAAUUGAGAUGGCAGACCUGGUAGCUGUAACCAAAUCUGAUGGAGACUUGAUUGUGCCAGCCCGAAGGAUACAGGCAGAGUACGUGAGCGCCCUGAAACUACUCCGCAGGCGUUCGGGAGUCUGGAGGCCAAAGGUAAUUCGCAUUUCUGCCAGAAGCGGAGAGGGGAUCACUGACGUGUGGGAUAAGAUGAAAGAGUUCCAGGACGUCAUGCUUGCCAGUGGGGAGCUGAUUGCCAAACGGCAGAGGCAGCAGAAAGUUUGGAUGUGGAACCUCAUUCAGGAAAAUGUGUUAGAACAUUUCAGGACCCAUCCCACAGUCCGGGAGCAGAUUCCUCUUCUGGAAGAAAGGGUUCUCAGUGGAUCCCUGUCCCCAGGACUAGCAGCAGACUUGUUGUUGAAAGCCUUUAAAAGCAGAGACUAGGAAAUGCACCCUACACAAUGGUUUUAUGUAUCAUUUCAUAAAGUACCUUAAUAUUGAAA